GAUGAGGAGGAAGAAAAUGAAAGGACUUCAGUUGUUCAUUUUCAGUGCAGUUCUGGUAACUGUUCAUGCCCUCACUGUGGAAACACCUGUCAAGAAAGUAGAGGUGGCACGAGGAAAAAAUGCUUCUCUCUCAUGUACUUUUAACUCUGCGGCUGAGAUCAAUGAUGGAGACUUUGUUGUCUGGAGGAAAAUCAACAGUGUGGAUGAUGCUGUCACUAGGUAUUUUGAUGGGCUUAUACAGUAUGGCAAGGGCUAUGAGAAUCGUAUACAGUUUUCUGGUGAUGCAAAGAAAGGAGACAUCAGCAUCAUCCUCUAUGAAGCCAUCAUGGAAGACAAUGGUACCUUUUCAUGCAAUGUUCGUCUCCGGAACGAUCCACCCAGGCAGACUGCACUGAUGGAUCUUUUAGUCCUUGUUGCACCAUCCAAGCCAGAAUGUAAGAUUGUGGGGACAGCAGAAUAUGGGCAGACAAUCAAUCUGACCUGCAUUUCUCAUGAGGGGUCCCCAGCACCCACGUAUGCCUGGCAAAGCUACGAUGUACAAAAUCAGCUCCGUCCACUGCAAACACCAGGUAUGAGAACAACAGGAGAACAGCUAACUCUGAAGAACGUCUCAGCAGAUACCUCUGGUUUCUACAUCUGCACUUCAAGCAACAGAGUAGGACAGGAAUCCUGCAACAUUACACUCAGCGUUAUGCCACCAUCCAUGAACAUUGCCCUUUAUGCUGGCAUCAUUGGAGGUGUUCUUGCUGCAAUUGUAGUUAUUGGUGUUUUAUCCUACUGCUGCUGCUGUCGGGAAGACAAGCCGAAGGACUACGAGAUGACGGAGAGAGAAGAUAGAAAUGAACCCGCCCAGGAACAACCUUCAAGGAGUCAGAGAGCAGACGAUGAUUUUGAAGAUGAAGAAAGAAGCAGGAGGCUAACACCAUCCUCAGAACCUGCUGAAGCAUAG